AUGUUCUCCCUGUCCAUGAUGGUGGGGCUGGUCCCGAUAGUGUCUCUCUUUGGUUUGUUCUACUCUGCUGCGGUGGAUGAGAACUUCCCUCAAGGCUGCACCAGCAGCAACAGUCUGUGUUUCUACAGCCUGCUGCUGCCGGUCACCAUCCCUGUCUACGUCUUCUUCCACCUCUGGAGCUGGAUGGGGAUCAAGCUCUUUAGACACAACUAGGCUGUUCUGACUCUGUUCUGUUAAAGGAAAAAUCCACCUGAGUAGACUUUAGUACAAUUAAAUGAUCUGUUGGUGAUGUACCUUGCAUUUCUGGACCCAUUUUGUUCCUUGGUUUAAUAGCAGAAAAUGUCGCUUUCUCAACAAACACUAGAAUGAAAUACUGCUGUAAUACAUGUUUUGAUCUCGAUACCAAGGAAAUAGACACACUGUAGGACUCAAGGCAGAACAAGACACGGCACGCUGACAGAAAGUGAGUGCAACAUAAAAUCUAUCACUAAGGGUAGUAACAGAUUUAUUUGUCACACUCACUGUCAAAUUAAGUCAGUUUUGAGAGUAACCAUAGGUGGAUUUUUGCUUUAAUGCACAUUACUGGUUGUUAAGUUUUCUAUGAUGGAGGGCUGCAAAAUGUAAUGUGUAAAAUAUAAAUAAAGAUAUUUUUCUUCUGAGUACUGGUAAUCAGCUGGCUUAAAAGACAGAAAGGUAAUGUGUUACAGUCACAACAAAACCAGCCACUGUCUGUGGUGUAGUUCUGUAAAAGUCAAAGUAAUACAGUAAAUCCUGAACAUUUGGUUGGUACAGUGUGAUGUCAGUCCUCUUGUGUUAAUUCUGAACCUUGAUGUAGUUUGAGCUGAAAUGGAAGGUUAAGUAUUUGUGUAUGUCAUGUGACAAAUUACAUAUGUACGUUGCUAUGGAGGUGAAAUUAAUAAAGAUAAUAGUACAUUGAAACUUCA